AUGACACCCCAACCCAUGAAUUUUACGUCAGAUGAUAAAGUGGAGGUUGACGUAAAUAAUUUAUUGAUUAUCUCGUCAUAUUGCAUAUCGGUUCUGGGAAUAAUGACUACGAUAGAGUUGUUGGGAAGACGAAAUUCCAAACACAAUAGAAUGGACUACUUUAAAUUGAUGGGUGGGGCUUUUUGUCUUGGAUUUGUCGGAAUAUGGUCCGCGCAUUUUAUAGGCAUGAAAGCAUUAAGUUUCCGAGUUCAUAUAAGACCACAAUCGAUAGCAUACAAUCCUUGGUUCACUCUAUCCUCAUUGAUUAUCGCGGUAGCGACUUCUAACCUAGCGUUCUUCUUGGUUCGAAGGAAAAAUGAUAACAAAAGGAUUUUCUUUGGUGGCAUCUUAUCUGGUUCUGGUCUCGCGUUCAUGCACUACAUUAGUCAAUUUGCCGUAUCCACUUGCAUUAUUCGAUAUGAUCCCCUCUAUGUUGGGCUCAGUGUCCUCGUCUCCAUAGCGGUUAAUAUCAUCGAUUUGUACAUUUUCUUUAGAUUGCGCAGAUGGCAAUAUCGUUGGUAUAAAAAACUAUUCUGUGCCAUGAUUGUGGGAUUGAAUUUGUGCGGAGUGUACAUUGUCGCUUACCGAGGAACCAGUUAUUCUAACUUUUCAAUUCAUGAAGUCGAGAAAUCAAAUGAGGAAUUGUUGGUCGGAGCAAUCGGCGCUGGAUCGAUCUUCACAUGUACCUUCUUACUGGCCGUGGUUACGAUAGUCAGAAGUAAAGAGUUAAACCGUAAAGUAUACGCUCAAAAGGUCGCAUUAGGUGCAGUCAUUUAUGAUGAGAAUGGAAGGAUACUGGUCACAAAGGACGGUCACUUGCCGUAUGAAAAAAUUUCCAAUGAAUUUUCUCAGGGCCUGGAAACUGAAUUCACUUCUCAACAUCCAGUAUUCCAAUGGAUCUAUCGCCUUACGUACGAUUGGGGUAGCAUUAAGAAAUGGCUUCCAUAUAUCGAAGCUCAUAUGAAAAAAAACCCUAAAUCGCGUAUAGGGGCUGGUAAUUAUCUUUCGGAUACAUAUGCCGUACAAUUCAUAGAAAUGUUUAUCCACAGCGCUAAACUACUGGCCGAAUCCUUGAACACUCCACUCGACGAAGCAGGAAUUCUGUUUGAUCAUGUAUUGGUCACAGGGAGUUAUUCUGAGCAGACUUAUGAUUCAAGAAAAAAAAGAAAUACAAAAUUCGGGAACAAAAUGGAGCACGAGUUGGGUAAAAACACCAGAAUUAAUAGUAAUGCUGAUGAGUCCAAUGAAAGUAUUGAUAUCAAGGAAGAUGUUUAUCAGAUAUCGAAUGACAAUAACCAGUCGACACCACUCCCUUCAAAAUUCGGGAAAGGGCAAAUGAUAUUCCUCGUGAAACAAAUAAAUUCUGGGACCAGUAACCCUAAUUCGAGAUUUGAUCGCACGCCAAUUCAAAUUCAGAAUCGAGUGGAGUCCACAUCCAGUUCAAGCUCACAUCAUCCAAAUUUCAAAGAAAUCGAAAAAUAUAAAAAGUUAGGAUGCGAAUUUGUUUCUCCGCAAUCAAUUGCCCCAACGAUGGCCGAACAGAUUGGCAUUACCUCAGCGCAGAUGAAAAUUUAUUUUGAAAAAAUGUUUCAUUAUUCGAAGAACGGUUUGUCCCGAAUAAUGGAGGAAAAUUGCGUGUAUACUGGGUUAUUUGUCACCAGGAAUGAGAAUCGAGAUAAUGGAGUAACGAGUAAGGGUGGUGGUGGUGACAAUAAAUUUAGAAGCAGUGGCUUUAGCAGUUUCAGUAGUGCGGACAAUACGAGGAUCUCGGUAUUAUCUCGAAAAGGUGACCGCAUUUUACCGGAAGAAGAACAGAUUAUGGUGAUGGAUCACUUUCGGCAUCAAAUACCGAUCUCAAAAUUACCCUCGGUAAAAAACAUUGGUAACAUAGAGAAGGAAUAUAUCAAACGUAAAUCCGGAAUCACGGUAACUGAAUUUAUGCAGCAGCUUGGCCAUUCAUUUUUUGGUACCGCCACAAAAAUUGAUGAUGAUGACCUUAUGGAAAAUCAAAGAAAAAAAAAUACCCGGGAAACUAGACACGAAAACAAAGGGAAAAGAUUAUUAUCAAGGAUUUCUAUCAAUAAGAUUAUACAAAGCCCAUCGCGAAAACGUUCUGUCCCUGAUGAAUUGCACAGCGACAAUUCAUUACCAUCGUCUCCAAGCUCCCUCGAAACACCUUAUGAAGCUGAUGAGCAAGAGUUGCCAAACUAUGACGAUAACAUCCUUCCAGUUGACGAUUACGCAAGUGAUAGUCUGUAUGAAUUUCGGCAUGGCCUGGAUCAAUCUUUGCACCGAUUGACCAAUAUCAUUAACGAGGAUCAAUUGUAUACGGAUGCUAGACUGGUCCCAAUCAUCUUUGAAGUCCCCAUUAAUAGUGGUGAUGUUAACUUGGUCUCUGAUGAAAUUUCUCAGAAUGUCUCUGCGCCUUCGUCUACCAUAAUAUCAUCUAUAUCACUGGUUGGAAGCACCUCCUCGAUUGUGCCUUCACCGUUAACCUUGGCAUUGCCGACUUCACAUCGAACUAAAAAGUCCGCGAAAUUAAUUAUAUUUCAUCUGAAGCUUCCCCAGGACGUCAAGCCAAAAUUGACUAGGGGCGAGGUGUGCUUCAUUCCAUUUGGUAUGUUCGAGAUUUAUCAAAACGUCUUGUAUUAUAACAAUGAGCAAGAGAUGAAGAAUUGGAGGAGAACGGUUGACAAUGAAAUCGGUAAAAUAGUGAGGAAAAAGGAAAGUACAAUGAAGCGAGGUAGGGUUUUUAUGCAUAGGAGUCGGAAGACUGAAGAUGAGAAUGUAAUUGAGAUGAUGACUAUGGGUGGAAAUCGCCUCGUGACAGUAAACGAAGAGCAUAGCGACAAUGAGAGUGCGGAUGUAAAGGUCCACGAAGAAAAGCGUUGGUAUCAUGUUAUUAUUGAGGGAUCAUAUAACAAUAUGAGUGAUGGAAGUCGAAAUAAUGAUGGCGAGAGUGAGAAUGGUUGA